CGAUAAAUCAGUUAACGGAAUUUUAUUCGACAAAGCAACUUGUCAGCGGUCUGUACCAUUACGACUGUUUUUUCCAACAUGGCGGGUAAGGUUUGAAAUUUACUUGCUCUUCCUUAACAAUUUUUCCUCUUUUUAACCAUUUCACCUUUUUGCAGGUUUACAGUCGCUUGAUUUAGAGGAGGAUCUUGCUGUUGGAAGGUAAUAAUGUAGUUUGAUAACUAACCUUUGAGAGAAGUAUAAAAUUAGCUUGACGGGCCAUCUGGCUUAGUGUCAUUAAUUUGUUCCGACUUGAUCGUUAUUUUUUCUUCAAUCUUUGGAAGAUCUUAAUCCUGUUUUUUGUUUUUGAUUCAAAAAUUGAGUGCCCAUAUUGCGACAAUCGCCUUAAAAAUAGAAAACCUAUCGUAUAGACUCUAGUGUUUAAUUUAAGUAACAAUAUUUAAGCUUGAUAUUGAAACUUCAGCUUACUUUACAGUCAAGACAGCUGGCCCCAAAAUAAUUCAGCUUGGUUUUCAGACUUGAGGCUUUAAAAAUACUAAUGAUAAUAAUUUAUAAAUUUACUAUAGCGCCUUUUAACAUAUAAAUGAUCAAAAGCACUUUACAGUCUAAAAGUUUAUUGAGCUGGUGUUUAGUGCCAAUGACGAGAAAUUCAGUUUUAUUGUCAUUUAGUAGCAACCUUCCAUCAAUCAGCCAUUUCCUUAAGUCAUGUAUGCACCCCUCCAUAGCAUGCAGCAGCUCAUCUUGUGCGUUAUGAUCAUGUGCUCUGAAACUGAGGUACAGCUGCGUAUCUUCUGCGAAACAGUGAGCUUGUGGGAGGUGUGCUCGAUAACCUUAAGGAGCGUUGAAAUGUAAAUGAUGAACAGCAAGGGUCCCAGACAAGAACCCUUAGGUAUGCCACAGUCAAGUGAGAACUGUUGAUGGAUACUUGGUGGCUCCGAUUUGAUUGAUAUGAGCUGAACCAGUCAAGCACUUUCCCAUGUAUGCUGACAUCCCUGCGCAGUCGCUCCAACAAAAUAUUAAGAUCAACUGUGUCGAAUGCUGCGCUUAGAUCAGACAGGACCAUCAGGGUCACAUGCUGCUAGUUCAUUUUCAAGAGGAUGUCGUUCAUAACUUUGAGCAAGGCUGUUUCAGUGCUGUGAUGUUGAUGAUAGGAUGAUGGCUUGAUAUGUCUUUUAUGUGAAAUCACUCGCCAAAUUUAGUUGGUAGAUAAGGCUGUUUGUUUCAUGUCAUCUUUCUGAUCUUAAUAGCUAGUUUUUUUAAUUUAAUUUAGAAUUAUUGCUAUUUGGUUUUCAUUAUCAUUAUUUUUCAUCAGAUCCAGUCGAGCUGAUGCUAAGUUUGAUACAACGGUUGGCCACAUAGAGGACAUUGUCAUGGGUAAGUAUAUUUUAUCAUCAUUCAUCACAUCAAAAUCAGUUGGGUGAAUAGUAUCCUUGAAACAAUUCAUUUUGACAUGCUGACGCUGUUCCUCAUUUAGGAGUAGUUUAUCCAUUUUUUUUAUGGGUAUUAUUAUUAAUUCAUGCUGCAUGAAACAAGGAAUCAAUCUAAUCCUUAUACAGUCAACUCUCACCUUGCGGACACCCUGCUAUAACGGACAUCCCGAUAAUACGGACAGCAGCUAAAUCCCCAGCAAAAACAAAUUACAGAUGUUUGACUGAAAUCGACUCUCACUAUUACGGACACUCGCUAAUGAGGACACUAACUCGAGGUCCCCACAGUGUCCGCUAUAAAGGGAGUUGACUGUAUCCCCCUAGAGAUUUAAAGCAAGAUUACACUGUCUUUUUACCAGGUUAACAAAGAAAGUUCAGUUUAUCUUUGACAAGUAACAGCCCUCAAUGUAGCAAGGAUUAUUGGUCUGAUUUAAAUCAUGACAAUUCACAUAUUUCCCUUCGACAAAUGUUAUUAGUUCAGAUCACAAGUGCCCAGUAUUUUUUGCCUUCUCUUUAACACAUAAAAUCAAUGCAUUUUCUCAGAGGAAAGAUUCCAGACAAUGCAAAAAGACUUCAAAGAAAAGUAUUACCAUCACUUUACAGAUGAAGAGGAAAAUAAACUUAUAUACAUGGAUAUAUUCAAGGAAUAUGUAAGCUAUUGUUAGUUGAUUAACUCUACGUCAAAUUGAUUUAACCCAAUAAAUUGCUUUCAGGCUACAUUUGCUUGAAACCUAAGUGGUUUGGUCUUUUGUUUCCUUCUAAAUGUUAAGCUUGUUCAUUUUUUUCUUUUUCAUCUGUUUUAAGGAAAUAUCCAUUCUCUUUUUCUUGUUGUCAUCAGUUGUCCCAAUCUAGCUAGCAACAUUAUUUUUUUUCCUUUUAGCAUUCUGAAACCCAUAUAGCAUAAAAAGGCAAUAAAUGAAAUGAUUGAGAAUCAGACUAGGCUUAAACCACAGUAUUAGACUAGGUUGAACUACAACAUAGAUAUUCCAAACCAAUUAGCUGUAUCAGCCCCUCUCCCUCGAAAGAUGUAUUAUAGUACUAGCUAAUGUUUAACAUGAACUACACACAAUAACCAUAACCAUUUAAGUUAUGAUCUGGGUGAGAUGGGAAGUGAUUUCUUUUGUUAUAACACAAUAGACUUUCUUCACAUACUUUAGGAAUGUUUUCAUAUUCACACAGAGAAUGUGUAAACCUCCAAAAGGCAGUUUACAAAAUAAAUUGUGUAAUCUAUUUAAACUCCAUUUUUAAAGGGUGUUUGUUUGUGGCUUAAUAGAUUUCAACCAAUCGUAAGAGUUGCAAACAAGAGCCAAGAAAAGUUUACAACUUUGCAAGUUCCUUUCAUAGGAUUUCUGUGUUUCUUAGACUCAGACAAGAUUUUGUUAUUAAGAAUUUGGUUGGAAAACAAGGGAUUAAUCAUGUUUUGUAAAAUUUCAUGUUUAAACCAAUCUGAACUGUAGUAGAGAUAUAGUGAAGUUAACACGUUUUUGCAUUCAGAUGUCUUCAUUGCAUUUGGUUCUUUUCUUCUUAUCUUUGACCAUAACUUAAACUAUCCACUGUGUCUUUAGGUUUCACAAAUAGAACAUCACAUACAAGAUGAGCUUAAAAAGAGAAUUCCUGGCUUCUCCAUGGAAGAAUUUUCAAAGUCGUUGGAGUAAGUUAUUUAUUGUCCUUUAACUCAUGUUAAUUUUGUUGUUAUAUAAUAAGUGACAAAAGGUGGUGUUGACUAAUAUUGUACUACAAAUUUUGGUUAUAUUGUUUAAAAAAUUAUAAUGUUAUUAUUGUUUGACAUAUUUUUUUGCUUUGCCAUACAUAGACGUCGGCACGACCAAAUUGGGGGAGAUAUAUUGGAGAUGCUUCUUAGUUUUACAGAUUUCUUGGCCUUCAAACAAAUGUUUCUAGAUUACAAAGCUGUAAGUAUUGCUAACUGCUCAACUGCUCUUAUUUAGUUUUCCCCUUUUCUUCAUUUCAGCUUUUCUAUAUCUUUCUUGUAUUCUGUUAUUUAAUUAGACUGCAAAACAGGGAUCAUUGUAUAUGUCUGGGAAACUGCCCACCUACCCCUCCCCUAGGCCAACAUUUGGCCUUAAGUGUGGAAGUAAGUGAUAAUGUUGGCUUAUCAUAUAAAACUUUGACGUUUCAUCGUCGAUCUGCAAAAAUGUUUCUUUCGAGUGAGAAAAUGAAUCGUCCAUUUUAGAUAUUCUUUAGAAAAACCCAGAAGGUUUAUUUGGAAGAAAGUGUUUGUAACAAACAAAACCCGAAGCAAUGCUGCAGUCCUAACUUGUUCCCUUCACUAAGUUUCUGAACUUCCUGCGAGCAAACAAAGCAACAGAUUUUUCUGCCAAAAGUGCUUUGAAGGACUACUAGUAAUAAUCAAAGAUUACGGAAUGCGAGCGACAACGAUCGAAGGCCAAAACGCUUUUGCUUUAGGCUGUGCUUUGCAUACGUUUCACGUGACAUGGUCAAAACAUGCGUGAUCAGAUUACAAGUGAGUGGAAGGCCUAAACGCGCAUGAUCAAAUUGUGUUCUGUGCAUUCUAUCCAUUCUUAGUGGAAGUCCAAACAAAUACUGACUACAUACAUGCGACGCAUGUGUAAUAACAGCCUUUAGGAUUGCGGGUUCCUCUUGUCGCCCGCAAAAAUGAGAGCCCACCAAGUGACCUGCAAAUAACUGCCCCAAACGAUGGUCUACUCAUGCGCAAUGUCGUCCAACUGUGUUUGGCUGCAAAUAAUAUUCUGCCCACGCGUAAAGGAAAUCACGCCGCUCUCCUUCUUGCGAUCGCACUUGAGUGAAAAUGGCAGCUCGUUUUGCUUCCCGAGCAUAUUCAUUGAAAAACAAAGACGGGGAUCAAAUGAUAAAUAGCCUGCGAUUACAGCCGUUUCUGCUGCUCGCCGCAGGUUUCCUCCUAGCAUACGCUGGGUUCCAGAGGAUAUUUUUUUCUUAUCGUUGGUGAAGCCGCGUCAACGAGGCGCGAAGCGUCUCGGGAGCCUUAUCAAACCGUAAGCACGGUUUAUUUCAUAUUAGGUAUUUUGAGAACAGACCUCUGGAGCCAGGGUACUCCUGGCAAGGCUACGCAAAAUAUCUUGAUUUGUCAGUGUCUCGUAGAUCAAUUAUUUGCCGAAGUCGAAGGCUGGGGCAAAUAAUUGAUAUACUCGCCAUUGACAAAUCACGAUAUUUUGCUCAACCUCGUCUAAUCAUCAGGAGCCACGUCGUCACUUAAAAUGGAGAACUUGCUCAAAGGCUAGCGUAGCGUGGAAUUAAUUUUACAUUGGCCGUGACUGAGAAAGAUUCUUGAAUCUUGAAAAAGUCCCAGCAAUUUUCCAGACCUGGAAAAAGUCUGGAAAAAUGGUAAAAAGUCGAGGUUUCUUUGAAAACUACAACAAGUGCUUUAUAAGUGUGUUUCUUGGUUUUGGUCAAAUCUCAUUCAACCUCGACCGUGCGUUUGCAGUGAAUCGUAAAGAAAGCUUUGUUCCGGCGUUGUUGAAGGUCUAUAUUGAUAACCCAUUUGAUAACCUCAAGUCUGGAAAAAGAAAUUAUUGCUUUGGAAAAAAAGUCUGGAAAAAGUCUUGAAUUUUGGAUCCAAAAAUCCAUACGAACCCUGAAUAGCAUACAACAAAACAAGCACACUGAUUGAAUUAUAACACAAUUAUUGAACUUGGUUUGCAUAAUAUUGUGAUUUAUCAGUGUCUCGCAGAUAAAUUAAUUGCCUCUGCCUGAGGCGUCGGCAAGUAAUUGAUCUGUUUCUUGUAUUCUGUUAUUUAAUUAGACUGCAAAACAGGGAUCAUUGUAUAUGUCUGGGAAACUGCCCACCUACCCCUCCCCUAGGCCAACAUUUGGCCUUAAGUGUGGAAGUAAGUGAUAAUGUUGGCUUAUGGGAGGGGUAGGUGGGCAGUUUCCCAGAAAAGUAUAAUGAUCCGAAAACAGUCAGGGGGGUGGGGUUAUCAAAAUCACAUUUUCAAGGCACAGAACACUGGUAUAUUGCCCACCAACCUUGAUUCCAGGCAAGUAUCCUAUCAAUCAACCAUGCUCUCAAGUGUGGCAGCCUAGUUGUUUAUUCCCAAGUGAACUAGAAGAAUGGCAUUCAUGGCUAUCUGAAGAUGAAAUAGCAGCUACAUUUCUGACUAAAACUGUAGGAAAGAAAUGCAAGAAUAUCCAAAACAUAUUGCUCGAUGGAUGUUAUCUAAUUUUUUAGGAGUAUCUGCACGGAAAAACAUCUGUUUAUAUCCCCAAACCAUUCUGACAAAUAGGCCAAGGUUUUGAAGAAAGUCUAUGAGGAGCUUGUUAAUUAAUAACUUAGAAAUAUUUUGAAUAAAUAAUAUAACAAUUAUUGAAUUUGGCUUUUGUUUGUUGUGAAGAAUUAUGCAGAUCUCAGAGGCUCUUAUCUUCGACCUGUGUAACAUUUCAUAUCAUACUCUGCCUUAUUAAAUAAUUGUUAAUAGCUGCUAGUUAGAUAUUACAAGCGCAUGCACUAAUAAUUGUACGUUAUAACAUAGCUUAUAAACUAGUCAAAUGAUCAGAAUUAAUUCCAUCAUGGUACACCGUACACUUUGGAUUGUAGGCAAAAGAAGGCACAGGAAUGGACUUAAGUGACUUGUUAACUAUCACGUCAAGCUCAGCUAACAAAGAUGACUCACAAGGCAUGCAAAUCGACCCUGAUUCACCAAGAGAAGGACCAUCAAAGCAAAGAUAGUCUUUGGAGAAACAGUUCUUUGACUUUGUCCAUGUUCUUGGAGUGCAGUGUCCCUGUCUGUAAAUAAAUAUGACUCACAACUUGAAGGCACCACAAGUUUUGCAAACACAGUCUAUAAAUUAUAUUGCAUUCAGUGUCAAUAACUUUAGAUUCACAUGGUGACUAGACGUUGUUUUGGUAAAAAUACCUAGCUACUAUGGGUUUCAUUAGACAGGUAAAACAAGAACAAACAGAUCACAACUGCAUAAAAUUAUAUAUGUGUGCUGAAAAAGUUGUGCCAUGAAUUCAGAUGAUAUAAGUUUUGGUUAAUUUCUAAUCUGAUGCUCCAGAAAAAAAUUCAUACCCUCCUAGGUUAAUACUUUUUUCCUAGGCCCCUAUUUUCCUCGGAAUUUUCAGUGACGCUCCGUGGGGUAGAUAUGGGUAUUUUCUUGGAACAAGUAAGUGGUACUGUUUUUACUAUUCACAGAGAAAAAAGAAAUAGGUUACUUUCUUGAUAGCAUCCAUCCUAAGCCUUCUAAAAGGAGAACAACAAACUCGUUCCUCUCACAUCAACUGAUAUUUUUGUUUAAGAAAAUAACUCCCUUUCUCUUCUUUUAGAAUUUUAAGUGUAACAAGAGCCGUG